AAAAUUGCAAAAGAAGAAAUAUGUCUUUUACUUUAAUUAUUAAUAGUGGUAUGUUGCGGUUAAGUAAUGGUGGGAGAUUGGGAGGUUGUGUUGUGAGGUGGACCGUGGUUGAUGUGAGGGUACUUAGAUUGGUUACCGAAAAUAAAUUGUGUUUAUUCGUAUUUUUUCAAUCCUAUUACUGUUCUUCAUAUCAAAUACUCAUUAAUAAUAACCUUAUCGUUACCUAUUCUUCUCUAUCCAUUCCCUUUCCAUUAUAUUUACAUUUCUCAUACCAAACACCCCUUAACGUUUUCUUACCAUAAUCUUCAUUAUCUCUGCAACACUUUGUGUGGCAGCAAACCUGCUCGAUGUGUCUUCUAGUAGCUCCUUUCAACGUCCAAGAUGAUUAUGAUGAUGCUGUUGAGCUUAACUGAGCUGGAAUACCAUGGAGCCGUUCAGCCGUACUCCUCUUUCUGCAUCCUGCAACUUUUGAUAAAUUGGCUAUAAACCCAGAAAAGAAAAGGGAAAUUAUCACUGAUCUUCUGAAAUUUAGGGAUAGUGAAGAGUUUUACUCAAGAAUAGGAAAGGCUUGGAAACGAGGGUAUUUGCUGUAUGGUCCUCCUGGAACAGGAAAAUCCACCAUGAUUACCGCCAUGGCUAACUUGUUAGAGUAUGAUGUGUAUGAUCUUGAGUAAACCGCCGUUAAGGAUAACACCCAAUUGCGGAGGCUUUUGAUUAAUACAACAAGUAGAAGUGUAAUUUCGAUCGAGGAUAUUGAUUGUUCAUUUGAUCUUACAGGGAAUAGAGAUAAAACUAAACCUAUAUCUGUAGUUCUUAGCCAGAAUAACUCUGUAACUUUGUCAAGAUUGCUUAAUACCAUUGAUGGAAUAUGGUCUUCCAUUGGUGGGGAAAGGAUCAUAUUGUUUACAACUAAUUCUGCGGAGAAAUUGGAUCCUGCAUUGAUAAGAACAGGAAGGAUGGACAAGCAUAUUGAGCUUUCUUAUUGUGAUUUUGAAAGCUUUAAAGUUCUUGCUAAACUUUACUUAUUGAUUGAUGAAGAACCUAAAUUUGAUGUGAUUAAGGAUUUGUUGGAAGUAAGUAAUAUGACACCUGCUGAUGUUUCUGAGAAUUUUUUGCCUAAAUGUCCUGAUGAUGAUGCUGGGGUUUGUUUGGAUAAUCUGAUUUGUGCACUUGAAAAGGCUAAAGAAGAGCAGGAUGUUAAUAGGAAAGCUAUGGAGGAAGCACAGAAAGUUGUGGACGAGGACGGAGAUGAUUGUGCGGAUAAUUGUGAGCAGUCUUAAUAUAACUAUGCAGUUGUGUAUAUAUUAAUAUUAAUCGGCAAAAUGACGGUUGUAAGAGCUUUUGGAAUACAAAACAUGUUGAGAAAAAUCUAAAGAAAAUUGUACAUUAAUUUUUUGAUUUUAAAUGCAAUAAAAUGUGAGGCCCAAUUAAUUCUGGACUUCUGGUUAAAGUGUUAAAUCGAAAGAUAUAUUAAAAAAAAGUGUUAAAAAUCGAAAGAUUAAUAUCAAAUUAUCAAUGUAUGAUAAGUCUUUCGUUGUU